AUGAUCGUAGAACUGACUGCUUUGACUCUUCUGACUGCAGUGUCUCUGAUUCAAACUGCAGAGGUUCCUCGCCUGAUCCCUUUGACUGUGGUUGAAGUUGGCGACAAUGUUACUUUUCACUGUAAAGUCUCUGAUAGAGGCAACUUCUUUUAUUGGUAUAAACAGUCUCUUGGAGAAAUGGGCCAAUUAGUCGCUUCUGGACUCAACACAAUAACAUUCAGUGAUCAAUUUAAAGAGUCACGUUUCAACAUCACAAAAGAGCGUGAUCACUAUUCUCUCAUCAUCAGAAAUAUAAGCAAAGAAGAUGAAGCAACAUAUUUCUGUCAAAAUGGAACAGUGUAUUCAUUGACUUUCAGCAACGGCACGUUCUUGGUUGUAAACGACAGCAAGCAGCAGAAAUCAGUGAAUGUGAAACAAAGUCCGGAGACAGCAUCAGUCCAGCAGGGAGAGCCACUGACUCUUCAGUGUUCCCUGCUCUCCGAGAACACAACAAAAAACACAGAUCAGUGUCCAGGUGAACGCAGUGUGUACUGGUUCAGAGCUGGAUCAGAAGGAUUUCAUCCAGGUGUUGGUUACACUCACAGGAACAAGAGUGAUGAACAAGGGGAGAGGAGCUGUGUCUACAGUCUGUCCAAAACUAUUCAGGACUCCUCUGAUACUGGGACUUACUACUGUGCUGUGGUCACAUGUGGACAGGUCCUGUUUGGAGAAGGAACUAAAGUGGACACAAGAUCAAAGUUGGAUCCUGUUGUCGUUGUACUUGCAGCACUGUUGGCCUGCUGUGUGAUGAUGAAUGCCGUCCUUCUGUUCUACAUUAAAGGGAGGAGAGUUUGUGACAAUAGGAAAGGAGCAACAGGAGCUUCUCAUAAUCGUGGACACAACAAGUCAACAGUGAAUCAAUCAAACAACCUGGAUGGUGAAGCAGAGGCAGUGAACUAUGCAGCGGUGGAUUUCUCCACAAGGAAAGUGAAAAGAGGGAAUAAAAAGAGGAGCGAGUACAAACAGGACAGUGUGUACGCUGAUGUUAGGUCAGAUUACCACAGCCAGUAA